AACUAAUGCCAAAUAAAAUUUAAAAUCUUUUUUUAAUAAGAUGUCGGAGUAAUUUCUUGGCUGACACGAACCGACACCGCAUAAAAAAUUCCCUUGUUCUACGGUACAUGAGAAUUGAGAAAGCUCCAUUGGAAUUUGGGAACAAAUCCAUUCUUCUUCAUCGAUUACAUUUCUUGGAUCUAAAGUUUGCCGGAAAUUACAUCUCGAUCGAUGGCCGUCACCGUAGAAUCGAGUCCUCUCUUGCCAGCGAAAGAAGAACCCCAGGCGAAAGAUGAGAAGAGCGCAGCAUCACAGGACGCCGCAGCCACGGUUCAUCCGGAGAAGCAAUCGCCGGCUGCUAUUCCGAUGGGAUGGACCGCCGACGGGCUGCCGUUAAGAUACAGCGUGAUUGGUGAAGCCGCCAGGUCUCAGUGGGAUUCCAGCCUCUUCGCCUGUCUUGGGAGGAAUGAUGAUUUCUGCAGCAGUGAUCUUGAAGUUUGUUUGUUAGGAAGUGUGGUCCCUUGUGUGCUCUAUGGAAGCAAUGUUGAGAGAAUUGGUUCUGCUCCUGGGGCUUUUGCCAAUCACUGCUUGCCUUACACUGGUUUAUAUGUAAUCGGGAAUUCGCUUCUUGGUUGGAACUGCCUUGCUCCCUGGUUCUCUUAUCCUACCCGUACUGCAAUUCGCCGCAAGUUUAAUUUGGAGGGAAGCUGUGAGGCACUUGCCAGAUCAUAUGGCUGUUGUGGAACCUUCAUUGAAGACGAAGUUCAACACGAACAGUGUGAAUCUGCGUGCGAUAUGGGCACUCAUGUCUUUUGCCACCCUUGCGCCAUGUGUCAAGAGGCUCGUGAGGUUCGCCGCAGGCUUCCCCACCCCGGAUUCAACGCCCCACAGCCAGUCUUGGUCAUGGUCCCACCCGGACAACAGAGUAUGGGCCGUUGAGGGCGCGCGUACAGUGUGUCAUGCUGCCUGACUGUUUUUGUUCUGCUGCUGAAAGAGUGUAAUUGUUGGAUUGGUCAUUGUAAGAGUAUGCUACUCGUUCCUAAUUCUUCCUAUGUGUCAUAUAGUACCUUUGAAUAAUUUGAUACUGAGUUGUAUUUAUAGGGUGUGGCUCUGGCUCUGCUGUGCUAUAUCAGGAUUUUCUUUUGAUAAUGCUGUGUUUCUACAAAAAAAAUGUGUAAGUUGUUUUUGUUAAUCUCAGUUGUGGUUGUACUCUAGAUCAAUCAUGCAAUGCAUACAACGUUAAGAGCAUUUACAAUGGG